AUGACGAAUCCGGUGCCUAAGCAGCCUGGGAUCGCAGAAUACAAGCACACCAGACGCAAAAGCGCAAUCUACUCGCCGUGGCGGGACGUACCCUGGGACGAACAGCAAGCCCUCGGUGGAGAGUUCAAGGAAGCUGGCGAAGGCUGUUGGCCUGUUGAGAAGAUCCUGGAAGAGCGCAUAAACCGCCGGAGCAAUAACCGUACCGAGUAUCUUGUUCUGUGGAAGAGGCACCCCACGACACGAGAACUUUGGGCGCCGCAGUGGGUCUGGGAAGAGAUUGACAACAGAGUCAUCGACGAUUGGAAGGCCGAGAAGAGGAAGAAACGCAAGCGUGGUCGUCUAUCCCAUGGAAGCGCUGUAGAGCGGCCUGCAAAGACAAGAGCAAGAGUUACUCGCGUGUUGCCGAACUCGUCAAGCCAGUCUGAACGACAGGGCGAGGAAGAAGAAGAAGAAGAAGAAGCUGCUUCUACUUCCGUGUCAAAUGCUUCCGCCGCUAGCGAAGAACAGAGGACCCCGGAUCUGCCUUCCUCUUCUUUAGAAAUAGCCGAAACACAACAAGAACCAUUCCAGCCAGCACACCUCUUUGUCGACAUCCCUAGGGCUACCGUAAAUCUCGAGGACUACGAGUCCCUCCACAGCAGCCAGCUGCACAACUCCACCAGCAGUAUCAAGUACGAGUCGUCACCAGUACAGAGCAGGAGGAAGCCACCCACCCACCCUCAACCAGCUACUCUAGGCAUUCCCAGCUCAUCUCUGUCUACUGGCCCGGAGUACGUCCCAAGCACUCUCUACGACUCUCUCAACCCAACCAGGGAACAGUCAUCGCCCCUGGCACCCUCUCCACAUCUCAUCGGCAGCCAGUCGUCACCUGCCGAAUCCCCAAGCAAGUCGCCAUUGCAAAAUUCCCCCAUCAUCUCCGCGGUAGACCUCCAGGUCGGCCGCCCAACUCAUAACAAGCCGCGCAGUCAAACCGCCCGGUCAUCCACUCGGUUCAACAACAGCUCUUAUCGCUCAACUGACGGAACGCCAGCCAGAUAUACGCCUCUGUUUUGCAGUCCGAGUUCCCUCCGCCGGCCCUCGGCUUCUUCCAAUUCCUCGUUUGGAGACGAAAUUGUCGUCAACAGCAUUGAAUCUGACGUCGUGCAGGUCACAUACACCAUGGACAUCGACUCAAUCACGAGCACGGCCGAGCCAGCAAUUGGUCCGACUAUAGCUCCUCAAGCUACCAUUUACGACACGGCUUUGGGAGGGAGCGCACUUCCUAUCCAAGAGUCGAUAGAGGACGAGGAGCCGUCUUCCAAUGGAGAACCUUCGUCUUCGAACUCCAAGACAAGCUCAAGUCAGCAGUCGAUUGAGAAUGAGCGCGAUGUAGCUCAGAUUGCCGGCUUGGUCCAGCCCAGCCUACCUAUCCUCGGGCCGAAUGAAUAUGUUUUCACACUGCCAUGUGAGGGAAAGAUACAGUCAACAUACGCCGACAUCAUCAAAGCCAAGGAGAAGUCCAUCAAAAAAUUCCUCAGCAGGCAUGAAUCAAUUGGCUCGGCGCAUGGCUCUCCAAAUCGAACACACGAACGGAACGAGAUGAAUGACAUGAUACAGCGUCUACACGACACAGUAACACACAUGGAUCUGGGACUGCCAGGAUUCUCGACCCAGUACUCGGUCAACUCGCAAGAACAUGCCGCUUAUGCGAACUAUGCAGGCACGAAGUUCCUGUUUCUCGGAUACCUCGUCGACUUUCUCCACCUCGUCGGCGUUUCAAUUGUCAUUAUGUCCCGAGAGGGACAAAUCCAAGACCUUCUCGAGCAAUACCUGAAAAUGAAGCACGUCGUUGUCAGGCGGCAGGAUCGCAUAGCGAGGUCGAAGUCACCCGCUACGGAUCGACUGAAUACGGACUUCUCGGUUGAACUUGUCAGUACUUGGUCCACGCACGAAGUUGAUCUUCGCAGCAGGCCGUGCCUAAUGAUCGCUUUUGAUGCCUCCUUUGAUGCUCAGGAUCCUCAGGUGGCUCGCAUACGCGCCCAGUUCCACAGUCCACCCAGACUCAUGCCGGUCCUUCAUUUGCUGGUAGCCAACUCCUCUGAGCAUGUAGAUCGUUGUCUUCCCAAAAGCUUGCCGUCGCCGAUGAGGCUGAAGGCAUUGGUUCGCUAUACAUACAGCGCCUUACCCAACCUCGGGGGUAAGCCGUUCGUCAUUCAGCUGGACUCAGACGUGCCGGAAGGCCGACCUAUGGAUUUUUCGGAUCUUCAGAAGGGCGUGAGGAAAAGCCCCGAACGCAAGAUUGCAGAGAUUGCCAGAAUCGUGGGGAAGGCCGCUGUGUCGCCAGAUUUUGGGACAUUGUUCACUUUGGAGACCCCUCUGUUGGAGUUGACAGAGCUGGACGAAACUCCGAGCAUGAAGCCUAGCAGGACAACCACAAGGCCGGAAACUCCCAGAGACGGCGCAGCUCGAUCGAGGACUCCCGUGUCCCGUGCAGACACGCCUUCAGGCAGAAAGCGAUUGCUAGAUGUUGAUGGUGUGCUCCCGGCAUUAAACAAACGACAACGCAUCACGCCCCUUCGCGACUCAGUUGAGCUCAGCAGUAGCGCGCAUGAACCAAACAGCAAACUUACGCAGCUGGAAGAGCAGGUCAGAAAACUUCAGGCAGAUCUCGCAGCAGAACAACAAGCUCGUCGAACGGUAGAGCAAGAUAGAGACCGCGUCAAGGAGCAAUUGACGGAAUGGCAACGGGAUCAUGCAAGUCUCCAACGACGAUAUGAAAAACGAAUGACGAAAUGCCACGAACUAGACAGGGAAAAGACCAAACUUCAAAAGACCAUCGAGAACAACAAAUCGCGACAUGAAAGAACGCUGGAGGAAAAUGCAACCCUGAAGCAGAAGAAUGCAGAAUUGCAAAAAGAGCUUACUGCCAUACGCGAGGAAAUCAAAGCUGGCGGAGGUGACGCGGCGGCAUUAGAGACGGCCAGAGAAGAAGCGCGUACACUCCUGGCGAAGACGACUUAUCUGGAAAAGUCACUCGAGAACACCCGGAAAGAUUUCGAGUUCACGCGCUCUCAAUACCAAAACGCAUCCAACAGGGCCACCGAAUUGGCCGGCCAGGUUACCGACCUGGAAAAGGAGACGGCCGUCCUGGCGAAGCAAGCGAGCGACGAGAAACGGCGCCUCAAGCAGAUGAAUUUCGAGAAAGCCACGGAUCAACAUCUCGCCAAGAUCGAACAGUCAGAGCUGGAACGCAAAUCAAGAGACAUCCUGCUCAAGAAGUUGGAGGAGGAGAAUCGCCAGUUGAAGCGCAAUCGUGGGGUUCAGACAAGAGGAUCCAGCGUGCAGCCGCCGGGUAGUCCGGGACUGGAUGGACAUGGACAUGGCGGCCGAGGAACGAGGAGUAGACAGGGAAGUCCUGCGCCGGGGUUAUUCCCAAGCACUCACGCGAGGGCUAUCGAUAGGGGGAGUCUUUUGCGGAAUGAGCGCUAG